CUCCAGCCAUUGGUGUCUGUGUCAUUACUAAUAGAGUCUUGUAAACACUCGUUAAUCACCUAAGGCCGCCGGCCGGGUAUCCGCACGCCAGCCUGUGGCGGGUCUUCCCCGCCUCUUUAGCCUAGUGGGAAGGAGGUGGGAGGAAAGAAGGAAGAAAAAGAGGGAGGGAGGAGGCUGGCCAGUGGGAGGCACCGCCUAGGAGGCAGAAGCGCCGAGAGGAGCCAGCGGAGCCGCGGAGCACCGCGCGCCAGGGCGCAGCUACCCGCCGAUCCUUGCACACUCGCAUCCCUUCCCGUCACGUCCACUCCCCAGCCAGCCUCCAGCGUCCGUCCCUAGGCAGCAUGGUGAGGUCUGCUCUCGGUCCCUCGCCACCAUGUACGUGAGCUAUCUCUUGGACAAGGACGUGAGCAUGUAUCCCAGCUCCGUGCGCCACUCUGGCAGCCUCAACCUGGCGCCGCAGAACUUCGUCAGCCCCCCGCAGUACCCGGACUACGGCGGGUACCACGUGGCAGCCGCAGCGGCAGCGGCCGCGAACUUGGACAGCGCUCAGUCCCCGGGCCCGUCCUGGCCCUCCGCGUACGGCGCCCCGCUCCGAGAGGACUGGAAUGGCUAUGCGCCUGGGGGCGCAGCCGCGGCUAAUGCAGUGGCCCACGGCCUCAACGGGGGCUCCCCGGCCGCUGCUAUGGGCUACAGUAGCCCCGCCGAGUACCACCCGCACCACCAUCCGCACCACCAUCCGCACCACCACCCACACCACCCGGCUGCCGCACCGUCCUGCGCCUCGGGGCUGCUGCAGACGCUCAACCCUGGCCCUCCUGGGCCCGCCGCCACGGCUGCCGCCGAACAGCUGUCCCCCAGCGGCCAGAGGCGGAACCUGUGCGAGUGGAUGCGGAAGCCCGCGCAGCCGUCCCUGGGAAGCCAAGUGAAAACAAGGACGAAAGACAAAUACCGAGUCGUGUACACUGACCACCAGCGGCUGGAGCUGGAGAAGGAGUUUCACUACAGUCGCUACAUCACCAUCCGGAGGAAGGCCGAGUUGGCUGCCACGCUGGGGCUCUCAGAGAGGCAGGUUAAAAUCUGGUUUCAGAACCGCAGAGCCAAGGAAAGAAAAAUCAACAAGAAGAAAAUGCAGCAGCAGCAGCAACAGCAGCAGCAGCAGCAGCCGCCUCCUCCUCCACCUCCACCGCAACCUCCCCAGCAGCAGCCAGGACCUCUGAGAAGUAUCCCAGAACCCUUGAGUCCUGUGUCUUCCCUGCAAGGCUCAGUGCCUGGCUCUGUUCCUGGGGUUUUGGGGCCUACUGGGGGUGUGUUAAAUCCCACUGUCACCCAGUGACUCCCAUGGUCUGCAGCCACAGCAGAGCAAUUCUAGGCUAAGCCACGAGAAGCAUGGAUUUUGCUACCAUCUUUGGAGGAGACC